AUGACAACACCAACGAAUGAACUCGCCUUUGCACCACGACCAGCCUGGAAUCAAGGACAGAUCAUCUUCCACGAACAGAUCCAUGGUUCUCUCCCCGAUGUCGUCGAAACACAAGGCCAACAUCUUGCAGCCCAACCGCAUACGCCCGUGUUUCCUCCCACCAGAUCCGAGACCGACGCGUUUGCUACUGAGCUCGAGGACUCGCUGAGUGCGCUCAUCACGCGCCAGAGCCGUCGCCGCCUAGGAUAUGGAGUGGAAGCUGCAGAAGAAUGGCCUAUUGACCGAACGCCGCCCAGAAUUCGGCGCGCCCACAAAGAAAGACUGAGGGCAAGACUCCGUGCCUCGCUUGAAGAAGACUCCGAGUCGGACAUCGAAGCUACCCUCGAUACUUAUUACCCGCUCUCGCCUACACCGCCCGAAUCGCAAGAUCCCCCCUCUCCCCCGCCUCCCACCAUCGAGUUCAACUCCGCCACCAAACCACCGGGUACUGAAGCCGACCCUGAAAGCAGUAUUGAUAGAAAUAAAAGGAAACUCGCGCAAACAGAUGAGACGAUCAGCCACGAGAAGAACUGCCAACAAAGAAAAAACAGGAGGGGCCUCGAGCAUGAGCGUAUGGACAAGGAUCCUGAGGGACUGGGGAUGGGCAACAUAAAAGAGCAAGAGCUAUCAACAGAAAUGGGAGAUGGCUCAAAUUCACAAUCGGGGAUUUCGAGGCAUCUCCUGGCCACCGAUGAGCUCCAUGACGCAAUCCACCUCAAGCCACGAGACCUGAGCUACUGGCAGCCGACGAGCCACAGGAGCGUCCUUGAUUACGGAGGAAGUCUGAGCGGGGCAUAA